AAACUCUCCAAAGAUGUACUAACGAGCGAGGAAAGCAUCGAGAGCACUCUUCAUGAAGGAAGAAGCUUCCUACAACAAAAUAAACAUAGCCUGCCAGUGUUUGCUUCUAACGAUCUUGAAGCGAAGAUGGUGAGUUUGGAAAUACGAUGGAUGAGGUUACAACGUGAAUCAGAUAGCCGAUAUCGAAGACUUGUUGUUAUCCACGAGAAGCUGUCUCGAUUUGAAGAAGUGCUUCAUCCUUUUGUUACAUGGCUAGGUCGUGCUGAGAAGCAAGCGGAUACCAUAAUAACCGAGGGCUCCGAUUUGAAUACACUCGAGCAUGCGUUGGCACAGCACAAGAAAUUCACUUCGGACGUGAAGCGACACGAAAGCGAUUUAAAAGAAUUGAACCAUCACGGCGAAAUAUUUCUACACGAAGCCAAGCUAUUCCAAGUAGAACUUGAGAACUACGUCAACGCUGUUGAGAAACCGGAGCUUUUAGAGGGUGUUGCUAAGGAUGCGCAAGAGCAGUCCUGGGCUCUAGAAAGUAAACUCUCCGAUAUCAACGAACGCUACAACAGAUUACUGAUUCUGUUGUCCGAGAAAGGAUCCAUAUUAAAUCAGUCUAGGUUACAACUGCAUGAUUAUCAUAUCAAAACCAAUCAAAUUCUUCCAUGGCUUUCGUCGUUUGAACACCGACUUGCUCUCAUGAUGCAGAAAGGCUCAAGGAACAACACGGAAGAAAAUAAAACCAUCCUUAAAGAUGUUAAGGCUCUUGAAGGUGAAUUGCAAACUCAUCACCCGGAAGUGGUUGCCAUCAAAGUUGCAGAACAGAACCAACCAAAUUCCGGUGCUCAGGCGUCGACCGUGUCUUCUGGAAAAACUGUAACUGAACGCUAUGAUAAAUUGACUUCAACGUUAACAUCAUUUAAAACUGAGCUUCAGACCACCGUGAUUACAAGUAAAACUGUCAAGGAAGACUCAAAGAAACUUCUUGAGUGUUUAACUGAUGUUAUGCAACAACUUGAAAGCUUAAAACCAUUCCAAGAUGAUAUUGAAAUGUUCAAGGAAAAAGUUCAACAAUUUAAGAUCAUUCAGAACGACAUAGAUCGCUGUCGUCCGAACGUAGAAUCCAUCAACGAACUUCAUCGUAAGAAAAAGGUUAAAGGAAAGGACAUCAAACUUGAUCACUUGAAUAACACGUGGCGAGAAGUGGUCACGUUAUCUACGUCAUUAUUCUCUGAAAUUACGACGUCAUUCGUAGAAAUUCUCGAACCAAUUGUUGUUUGGAUACGUGGUCAAGUGAAGAAACUGGAAAGGGGCGAGUUAGUGACGCAUGAUCUUCUUGUAUUUGAAGAUAACGUCUCGAAACUACAAAGAGAAGUUGAUUCUCGACUGCCGACAAUUCAAAGCAUUAAUCAAAUUGCCCACGAAUUAAUCACUCUCGAUAAAGAUCCACGGCGCAAAGACUCCUCUGUAGUGAAUAAACUAGAGAUUGUCAACCGUGAUUGGCAAAAUUUGUCUGUACUGCUCAUGAAUAUCACUUACAAGUAUAAUGAUCUCCGAGAACAGAUGUUGAAAUAUCAUACAGAAAAAAAGAGGAUUCUCUCUUGGUUUGAAGCCAUUGAGGGGAGGCUUCAAAAUUUACCACAUUGCGGUAUAGAACCGAAAUCAAUUAAGGAUCAGAUGACAGAGCAACAAAUAAUCCAAGACGAGGCAAUAAAAUACAAGGCAAAUAUUGAUAUUCUGUUGGGAAUGGUCAAAGUGAUCGUGACGUUUACCGCGAAGCCUGGGGAUGAGAAAAGUCGAAAGCAUGAACCACCAAUGGCUCACGAGAUUCAAGAUUUAAAUGAUCGUUAUGACAACAUAUGGCGUGAUAUUGAGAGAAGAGGAGUUGACCUUGAAACCACUCUGAACAAUGCCGAUAAAUACUUCACAAGUUUGGAUGAAGCGACGAAAUUUUUGGAUGAAUUGGAGAAUACAUUGGCUCACCAGCCACCGAUUGCUGAUGAUCUCCCUUCCAUCCAGAAACAACUAGUUGUUACAGAGGCAUUGUUAGCAAAGGUUGAGACACAAACACCUGUUAAAGAUGUUUAUAGUUUUGGUGAGUUAUUAGUCCAUGAACGAGAGGACGCUCCAGGAUGUAAAGAUGUCUUUGAAGAGACAUCUUUACUUCAUGCAAGGGAGGAAUCAGUUUUGGAGCGCAUUCGUGAUCGUCGUGAUAGAUUGCAUCUCGCUGCCCAACGUCAUAUCUCUGAUUUCCGUUAUGAAGUGCGGAAAAUCAGUACGUGGAUUCAGGAAUCUUGGAUGAUUUUGUCUCAGAUUUUACGCGGUGAAGGCUCCGCUAUGAUAAAUGAGAUGAAUAUUGAGCAAAUGGUAAAUGAAAACAAUCAAAUGAAAGUGUCGAUGCAGUUGAUGCUUCAGCAUGGAGAAAACGUCAUCAGUUACUUCAAGAGCAUCGAGCAAAAACCUCAAGCUGUCGAGACUAUGAUGACAAAGUUGAAUAAAGCUUGGAAAGAGUUUCAAGAAAAGCUAGAAUUAACAAAAAGUUACAUGAAGGAAGGCAAACACCUACCUAAUGAACCAGAGUUCUUGCAAAAUGCAGUCGGUGUAGAAGCGUUACCUGAACUGGAAUUCGACAAUAUUUUGGAAACAGAACCCAUGGAAACUUCUGAGAGUGUUGAAGAAUACACGGACGAAAAUGGUCGACGAGUAAAACGUGUCACAAAAACAACGACAUCUUCCAAAGAAUUCUCGAGACUAUUUCCAGGAAAUGUCGACGAAUCUGGUUCUCUUGAAGAAAAGAAACCAGUUGAGACAAAAGAGGAAUUUGUUAAUAAAGAUGGAGUCAAGAUUACUCGUGUUAUCAAACGAACAGUUGUGCAUUCCACUGAUCAUAUUUCUUUUGAGGAAAAGCCUCCAGAAGCGAUGGACUUUAUACCGAUCGAGUUUAACAUUCCAAUAUUAACGCCACAAACUCAAGAUACGUCAGUUGAUGGAACGAAAAAUCCAACCGUUGAAGAAAUCCAGCCAAUUUCUUUGACGUUUGAUGAGCCUAUUACCGUGAUACCUGCAGAUAAGGAGAUCAAAACUCUUGCCUCGAAACCUUUUAAAGUCACUCUUGUUUCACGUGAUGAUGACCGUAAAGCAGCUGAUAAAUAUAUAUCGUCUCAUGUUCCUUUAAACGAUGAAACUGUUGAAUCAUCAGCGGUAGAUCGUUCUUACAGCAUGCCCGAAUUUGAUGACGAUUUCUUCCUUGGUGAUGACGAUGAUGCGUCAAAUUUGACACCUAGUAAAUCGCGCAUGUCAGAGAAAAGAAAUCCGCUGAUGUUCAACGUAAGAACUGUUCAGAAAGAGACCCCACCAGCAACAUUCAGUGAAAAAGAGCCACACAAGAUGGACGAUUAUGUUGACGAAAAUGAUUAUCCUGUUCGUCAAAUUACCACCAAAAAAAUCACAACAAAAACUAUUGUUGAUGGUAAGAACAUCGGCGAACCUCGCGAAACGUUUGUCCUUCCUCAGGAUCAUCUUGUGUUCCCGAGAGACACUGAAGGAUUACCUGUGAAAGUAGAGAAUAUCAAGGACGAUAAAGGAUAUCCGGUGACUAAGAUUACACGUAAAACCAUUGUGACAAAACAAGUUAAACAUGAUGAUGUUGUGACCAAUGUCUCAGAACCAAUUGAAAUAGGAAUGCCGACCAUGUUACCACGUCAACCCGUUAAUGAAGGUGAAGAAGUUAAGGAAUUUGUCGAUGAAAACGGAAGACGAGUAAAACGAAUUGAACAAAAGUCGUACGUCACCAAAACUGUGACGAUUAAAGGAGAACGUGAAAUUGAGAAAAAGCCAGUUGACGAAAUCCCUGUCGCAUUUACUGAAAAAAUUGAACCAACGCUAUCAGAAAUUCCUUUGGAAGAUUUGGAGGAAGAGGAACCUUCCGAAGAACGAAUACCUGUAGAAGAAUUCACCGACGAUUUUGGUAGAACCGUUCGAGUGUGUAUUGUCAGGAAAGUAUUAAGAAAAACUAUCACAGUUCAUGGAAAGACAAUUGUAUCUAAAGAACCAAAGGAAUAUGUAAUAUAUUUGGUAAACAACAGGCAGGUGCUGCCAGAAACAAUUAAACUAAACGGUAAACCUCUUGAAUUAAAGCAACCUGAAGAUCUUUUGCCCCAGGUGUCCGAGAUGACACCUGUUGAAAUUGUGCCAUAUAAUGACGGUAUUCCAGUUGAAGAGUUUACUGAUGAUGAAGGAAGAGUUGUAAGGAUAGUCAUCGUACGUACCAUUGUUAUAAGAACUGUCGUCAAAGACGGAAAGAAAAUUGAAACACGUGAACCGAAAGAAGACGUUGUUUAUCUUAUUGAUGGUAAAUCAGUCAAACCGGAGAGCAUCGUGUACAAGGGCAAGCCAGUUACGGCAAAGUCACCAGAGGAAUUGCUACCAGCCGUUGUUGAAAAGUCUGUACCAUUCGAGAGUCUGCCGUUUGAUGACAAUGUAUCAUUUGAACAAGGAAUACCAUUGGAAGAGUUCACUGAUGAUGAAGGAAGGGUUGUGAAAGUCUUUGUUGUAAAGACAAUUGUGACCAGAAUUGUCAUCAAAAAUGGUGAAAGAACUGAGAGUAAAGAACCUAAAGAAGAAGUAUUUUAUAUCAUUGAUGGCAAACCUGUUAACCCAGAGAGCAUUACUGUGGAUGGUAAACCACUGGAACCCAAAAAACCAAAAGAUCUCAUACCUGCAAUAACAGACUUAAUCACACCAACAGAACAACCUUCAGUAGAGAGCAUACCAUUGGAGAAUCUGUCAUUUGAUCAAGAAACACCUGUAGAAGAGUUCACUGAUGAUGAAGGAAGGGUUGUGAAAGUCUUUGUUGUAAAGACAGUUGUGACAAGAAUUGUCAUCAAAAUGGUGAAAGAACUGAGAGUAAAGAACCUAAAGAAGAAGUAUUUUACAUCAUUGAUGGCAAACCUGUUAACCCAGAGAGCAUUACUGUGGAUGGUAAACCACUGGAACCCAAAAAACCAGAGGAUUUCAUACCUGAAGGGUUGUGAAAGUCUUUGUUGUAAAGACAGUUGUGACAAGAAUUGUCAUCAAAAUGGUGAAAGAACUGAAAGUAAAGAACCCAAAGAAGAAGUAUUUUACAUCAUUGAUGGCAAACCUGUUAACCCAGAGAGCAUUACUGUGGAUGGUAAACCACUGGAACCCAAAAAACCAGAAGAUCUCAUACCUGCAAUAACAGAGUUAAUCACACCAACAGCACAACCUUCAGUAGAGAGCGUACCAUUGGAGAGUCUGUCAUUUGAUCAAGAAACACCUGUAGAAGAGUUCACUGAUGAUGAAGGAAGGGUUGUGAAAGUCUUUGUUGUAAAGACAGUUGUGACAAGAAUUGUCAUCAAAAAUGGUGAAAGAACUGAAAGUAAAGAACCCAAAGAAGAAGUAUUUUACAUCAUUGAUGGCAAACCUGUUAACCCAGAGAGCAUUACCAUGAAUGGUAAACCACUGGAACCCAAAAAACCAGAAGAUCUCAUACCUGCAAUAACAGAGUUAAUCACACCAACAGAACAACCUUCAGUAGAGAGCAUACCAUUGGAGAAUCUGUCAUUUGAUCAAGAAACACCUGUAGAAGAGUUCACUGAUGAUGAAGGAAGGGUUGUGAAAGUCUUUGUUGUAAAGACAGUUGUGACAAGAAUUGUCAUCAAAAAUGGUGAAAGAACUGAAAGUAAAGAACCCAAAGAAGAAGUAUUUUACAUCAUUGAUGGCAAACCUGUUAACUCAGAGAGCAUUACCAUGAAUGGUAAACCACUGGAACCCAAAAAACCAGAGGAUUUCUUACCAUUGCAGAAUUUGUCAUUUGAUCAAGAAACACCUGUAGAAGAGUUCACUGAUGAUGAAGGAAGGGUUGUGAAAGUCUUUGUUGUAAAGACAGUUGUGACAAGAAUUGUCAUCAAAAAUGGUGAAAGAACUGAGAGUAAAGAACCUAAAGAAGAAGUAUUUUAUAUCAUUGAUGGCAAACCUGUUAACCCAGAGAGCAUUACUGUGGAUGGUAAACCACUGGAACCCAAAAAACCAAAAGAUCUCAUACCUGCAAUAACAGACUUAAUCACACCAACAGAACAACCUUCAGUAGAGAGCAUACCAUUGGAGAAUCUGUCAUUUGAUCAAGAAACACCUGUAGAAGAGUUCACUGAUGAUGAAGGAAGGGUUGUGAAAGUCUUUGUUGUAAAGACAGUUGUGACAAGAAUUGUCAUCAAAAAUGGUGAAAGAACUGAAAGUAAAGAACCCAAAGAAGAAGUAUUUUACAUCAUUGAUGGCAAACCUGUUAACCCAGAGAGCAUUACUGUGGAUGGUAAACCACUGGAACCCAAAAAACCAGAGGAUUUCAUACCUGUAAUAACAGAGUUCAUCACACCAACAGAACAACCUUCAGUAGAGAGCAUACCAUUGGAGAGUUUGUCAUUUGAUCAAGAAACACCUGUAGAAGAGUUCACUGAUGAUGAAGGAAGGGUUGUGAAAGUCUUUGUUGUAAAGACAGUUGUGACAAGAAUUGUCAUCAAAAAUGGUGAAAGAACUGAAAGUAAAGAACCCAAAGAAGAAGUAUUUUACAUCAUUGAUGGCAAACCUGUUAACCCAGAGAGUAUUACUGUGGAUGGUAAACCACUGGAACCCAAAAAACCAGAAGAUGUCAUACCUGCAAUAACAGAGUUAAUCACACCAACAGCACAACCUUCAGUAGAGAGCGUACCAUUGGAGAGUCUGUCAUUUGAUCAAGAAACACCUGUAGAAGAGUUCACUGAUGAUGAAGGAAGGGUUGUGAAAGUCUUUGUUGUAAAGACAGUUGUGACAAGAAUUGUCAUCAAAAAUGGUGAAAGAACUGAAAGUAAAGAACCCAAAGAAGAAGUAUUUUACAUCAUUGAUGGCAAACCUGUUAACCCAGAGAGCAUUACUGUGGAUGGUAAACCACUGGAACCCAAAAAACCAGAGGAUCUCAUACCUGCAAUAACAGAGUUAAUCACACCAACAGAACAACCUUCAGUAGAGAGCAUACCAUUGGAGAAUCUGUCAUUUGAUCAAGAAACACCUGUAGAAGAGUUCACUGAUGAUGAAGGAAGGGUUGUGAAAGUCUUUGUUGUAAAGACAGUUGUGACAAGAAUUGUCAUCAAAAAUGGUGAAAGAACUGAAAGUAAAGAACCCAAAGAAGAAGUAUUUUACAUCAUUGAUGGCAAACCUGUUAACCCAGAGAGCAUUACCAUGAAUGGUAAACCACUGGAACCCAAAAAACCAGAAGAUCUCAUACCUGCAAUAACAGAGUUAAUCACACCAACAGAACAACCAUCAGUAGAGAGCAUACCAUUGGAGAGUCUGUCAUUUGAUCAAGAAACACCUGUAGAAGAGUUCACUGAUGAUGAAGGAAGGGUUGUGAAAGUCUUUGUUGUAAAGACAGUUGUGACAAGAAUUGUCAUCAAAAAUGGUGAAAGAACUGAAAGUAAAGAACCCAAAGAAGAAGUAUUUUACAUCAUUGAUGGCAAACCUGUUAACCCAGAGAGCAUUACUGUGGAUGGUAAACCACUGGAACCCAAAAAACCAGAGGAUCUCAUACCUGCAAUAACAGAGUUAAUCACACCAACAGAACAACCUUCAGUAGAGAGCAUACCAUUGGAGAAUCUGUCAUUUGAUCAAGAAACACCUGUAGAAGAGUUCACUGAUGAUGAAGGAAGGGUUGUGAAAGUCUUUGUUGUAAAGACAGUUGUGACAAGAAUUGUCAUCAAAAUGGUGAAAGAACUGAAAGUAAAGAACCCAAAGAAGAAGUAUUUUACAUCAUUGAUGGCAAACCUGUUAACCCAGAGAGCAUUACCAUUAAUCACACCAACAGAACAACCAUCAGUAGAGAGCAUACCAUUGGAGAGUCUGUCAUUUGAUCAAGAAACACCUGUAGAAGAGUUCACUGAUGAUGAAGGAAGGGUUGUGAAAGUCUUUGUUGUAAAGACAAUUGUGACAAGAAUUGUCAUCAGAAAUGGUGAAAGAAGUGAAAGUAAAGAACCCAAAGAAGAAGUAUUUUACGUCAUUGAUGGCAAACCUGUUAACCCAGAGAGCAUUACCGUGAAUGGUAAACCACUUGAACCCAAAAAACCCGAAGAUUUCCUCCCUAAAAUAACAGAGUUAAUCACUCCUACAGAACAAGUUCCAAUAGAAAGCAUACCUUUGGAGAGUCAGUCAUUUGAUCAAAGAACAUCAGUGGAAGAGUUCACUGAUGACCAAGGACGGCUUGUGAAAGUCUUUAUUGUAAAGACAAUUGUGACAAGAACUGUGAUCAGAAAUGGUGAAAAAACAGUUAGUAAAGAACCCAAAGAAGAAAUAUUCUACAUCAUUGAUGGCAAAUCUGUUAACCCAGAGAGCAUUACUGUGAAUGGUAAACCACUGGAACCCCAAAAAACAGAAGAUUUCUUACCUGCAAUAACAGAGUUCAUCACACCUACGGAACAACCUCCAGUGGAGAGCAUACCAUUGGAGAAUCUGACGUUUGAUCAAGAAACACCUGUAGAAGAGCUUACUGAUGAUGAAGGAAGGGUUGUGAAAGUCUUUGUUGUAAAGACAAUUGUGACCAGAAUUGUCAUCAAAAAUGGUGAAAGAACUGAGAGUAAAGAACCUAAAGAAGAAGUAUUUUACAUCAUUGAUGGCAAACCUGUUAACCCAGAGAGCAUUACUGUGGAUGGUAAACCACUGGAACCCAAAAAACCAGAGGAUUUCUUACCAUUGCAGAAUUUGUCAUUUGAUCAAGAAACACCUGUAGAAGAGUUCACUGAUGAUGAAGGAAGGGUUGUGAAAGUCUUUGUUGUAAAGACAGUUGUGACAAGAAUUGUCAUCAAAAAUGGUGAAAGAACUGAAAGUAAAGAACCCAAAGAAGAAGUAUUUUACAUCAUUGAUGGCAAACCUGUUAACCCAGAGAGCAUUACUGUGGAUGGUAAACCACUGGAACCCAAAAAACCAGAGGAUUUCUUACCAUUGCAGAAUUUGUCAUUUGAUCAAGAAACACCUGUAGAAGAGUUCACUGAUGAUGAAGGAAGGGUUGUGAAAGUCUUUGUUGUAAAGACAGUUGUGACAAGAAUUGUAAUCAGAAAUGGUGAAAGAACUGAAAGUAAAGAACCCAAAGAAGAAGUAUUUUACAUCAUUGAUGGCAAACCUGUUAACCCAGAGAGCAUUACUGUGGAUGGUAAACCACUGGAACCCAAAAAACCAGAGGAUUUCAUUCCUCCAAUAACAGAGUUCAUCACACCAACAGAACAACCUUCAGUAGAGAGCAUACCAUUGGAGAGUUUGUCAUUUGAUCAAGAAACACCUGUAGAAGAGUUUACUGAUGAUGAAGGAAGGGUUGUGAAAGUCUUUGUUGUAAAGACAAUUGUGACAAGAAUUGUCAUCAAAAAUGGUGAAAAAACUGAGAGUAAAGAACCCAAAGAAGAAGUAUUUUACAUCAUUGAUGGCAAACCUGUUAACCCAGAGAGUAUUACUGUGGAUGGUAAACCACUGGAACCCAAAAAACCAGAAGAUCUCAUACCUGCAAUAACAGAGUUAAUCACACCAACAGAACAACCUUCAGUAGAGAGCAUACCAUUGGAGAAUCUGUCAUUUGAUCAAGAAACACCUGUAGAAGAGUUCACUGAUGAUGAAGGAAGGGUUGUGAAAGUCUUUGUUGUAAAGACAGUUGUGACAAGAAUUGUAAUCAGAAAUGGUGAAAGAACUGAAAGUAAAGAACCCAAAGAAGAAGUAUUUUACAUCAUUGAUGGCAAACCUGUUAACCCAGAGAGCAUUACUGUGAAUGGUAAACCACUGGAACCCAAAAAACCAGAGGAUUUCAUACCUGUAAUAACAGAGUUCAUCACACCUACAGAACAACCUUCAGUAGAGAGCAUACCAUUGGAGAGUCUGCCGUCUGAGGAAGGAAGACCAAUUGCAGAUGAUUACCCAUUCUCAAAGGAUGAUUUGGUACAAAUGAAAGUUAUUCAUACUGACGAUUUCCCUGGCGAUAACCCUGAGCCUGUUGAUCAAGUGGUACUGAAUGAUGAGCCUGAGUCAGGCAAAGAACUGGAGAUUGUCGAUAAAUUCUCUGUUGAUGAACUAAGAGAUCUUAAUAAAGUUUUUGACGAUCAUGUUCCUGUUGUCUCGGUUGACUCUGAUGAAGGUGAUUCACCGUCUGAGAAAAGAUUCUCAGGAAAGGACUACAAUGUUAUUGAGCUCAUAAAAGCAUCGAAAAACAAAGAUGAACCAUUGGACGCCGAAAUGGAGAAAGCAUUUGUUGAGUUAACCUUAGAGCGUCCUGAUAUCUUGUUACUUGCAUCAUCGUUUGACCUGCCUAAACGUCAUGUAGUCAUAACGUCUGCUGUUGAAUCGUAUUCUGUCAUUCUCAUUCGGGAAUUAUACCUUCGUGUCAUUCAUGGAAAUUCGCGUUUGGGUCAGAAAAUACUUGAAAUGGGCAAACUGAAUGUGCUUUACGAAGAAGUCCUGAAGUGGUUGAUGGACAUGGGUGAGAAGAUGGAUAAAUUAAAACCUGUAUCGGGUGAAAUUGAUACAUUAACGGAACAAGCCAGAAAUUUACAGAAUCUAGAACAGGAUGUUAAGGAAUACAAACGAAUUUUCGAUAAGAUCUUCGACGUAGGUGAACAGGCAGUGAAAGACGCCAGCGGUCACGAUGCAAAAGAAAUCGAGGACGAGUUGAGUGACAUAAAGACAGUUUGGUGUCAGCUUUACACGCUGCUACAAGAUCGUCGAAAAAAGAUUGAAAGAGUUAACCCGUUGGCCAUUAAAUACAAACAAACAUUGCAAACUCUUGCUCGAGUCAUGAGUACAACUGAUACGACACUGGACUCACUUCAUGUGAUUGGAGCUGAACCCGAGAAAGUUACAGAGCAGAUAGACAGAAUAAAGGGAUUGAAGAAAGAUAUUAUAGAACAUAAGGGGUCGUUUGAGGAUAGUGCAUGGAAACUGGUAGAGGAACACAACUAUUCACCGCAUAAUCCCCAGUCUACCGCAGAUAUGGCGUCAAUCACCGAACAACUGACUGCAGUAAAGAUCAAAGUGUUUGAUCUUCUUCAUAAAAUUGACGGCAUUGAAGAAAAUAAGAAGAGACAUUUAGAUAAGGCUAUCAGCUACACGAGCAACAACGGGAAACUCAUGGAUAGCUUAAGCGAACCAAGUACAGUAAAGGAUGCCGAGGAACCUAUUGUAGAGGAUGUCAGUGCGAUAAAAGAUGAAUUAUCUCAACUGGAGUCAGUACAAGAUACUAUACAGGAUGUUGUUCGACCAUCUCUUCAUGCUAUUGAAGAUUCAGGAAAAUGGAUUAUUGAGAAAGCUAACAAUGAAGACAAGAAUAUCACUUCGGACAUUGAAUCGAAUGUUUCGAACAAGAAGAAAACAUUGAACGAACUUGAUGGUAAAGUGAAUGAUCGAAAAGAUAAAUUACACGAAAAACUGACGCUGUAUCAAAAGUCAGAAAAAACACUCGAUGAUCUUUUGCAAUGGCUUUGUAUCAACGAAAAGACGAUGAAAUCUUUGCCACCAUUGUCUGAGGAUAUGAAUGUUUUAUUGAAACUGCGCGAUUUCUCCGAGAACAUGCGCAAUGAAUUGUCCAAUCACGAGCCUUUGUAUAAUGACGUAGUCAAGUGGUGUCGCAAUGUGUUAAGUAGCGAGAAGCCUGGGCCCUAUCGCAGUGCCUUGGAAAAGAAGUACACUGACGUGGUCAGAUUAUGGCGUGAAUUGAAAUUGAAAGUUCGUGCCAAUGUUCGUGAGUUAAGUGUAAUCAUACCGCUGGCCAAGAAAUAUCAUAACGCUGUAGAGCCUGUUCGUCAAGUGACUGAUCAUGCUGAGAAAUUCUUCGUCGAUCAUCGUCCAUUAGCGGCAGAUGUUGAAAAAGGUCGACUAGAAAUUCAUCAAAUGGAGAUUGUAGUGAAGCAACUUGAGGAAAAACGACAAGACGUCGCAACAAUGAACAGUUCAAGCCAGGAGCUUAUUUACACCUUGAUUAACUAUUCUGACGCAACGCAACAAAUCAUAGAAACAACGACGUUUCUUAUGAAACGUUACGAAAGUCUGUUGCUUGCAUCACGCGAGAUGUUGAUCACAACACGCGAGGAAGUAGAGUAUAUCGUACGAUUCUAUGACUUGCUGCAAGCCUUGGAAAGACAACUCAUCAGGAUUGCGAAGAUUGUGAAAAACACAAGACAUGGGUCGAAUGAUCAAAGGGUUGUAAAACACUACAAAGAACAACUUAAGGCUGCCCAGUCUGCUUUAACUGAGAUGGAUCCUCAAAUGGAGUCACUCCUGUCUACUGGUGUCUGGUUACUCAACAUUAACAGAGACAAUCCACGCUACGUUCUUGAUUUGAAGAAAAAACUGAAUGACAUCUCUGACAUGUAUAACGAUCUGAACCGACAAAGCAGCGGUCAACCACGAAAGAAAUUGACCGUCAUCCAAGAGGCUGACGAUUAUGAAGAUCUGUUGGAGGAUCUCUGUGCAUGGUUGGAAGAUAAGGAGAAGUUUGUUUCCAAGCAAAAACCGCUGACGUGUAACCAAGAAGAUCUAUCUUUGCUUGUUAGUGAACAAAAGGCAAGUAAUAAUUUGUUUCCUUUAUCUGCGUUUGGGAUAUUUGCUGUUAAAAUACCUUUUUACCUAUAG